GACAAAUGGACUAUUGGGCCAAGGCCCAAACUAAACCAAAUACCCUAGGUAAGGGCUUGAGCCCAAGACAGCAAUUCUAAAUUGGGCCGAAAAAGAUUGAACAAUAGUUGGAAACGAAAGCCGAAAAUCAGAAAAGAGUGCUGAGCAAGCUUUCCCGCGCUGGUUUUUGUUUUGUGCCGCGCUUUCACUACUUUUCCAUCUGUUUUCAAAAACAGAAUUUAGAUCUGAGGGAGUGAGAGAGAGAAAAAAAAAUAAAAUUUGCAGAAUCGGAGAGAGAAGAAAGAGAUGUUUGGGAGGAUAAGAGCAUCGUCUUCUUCUUCUUCGUUGGAGAGACCGCCUUCCAAGAUUCUCAAAGACGAUUCUCUCUCCAUUUACGAAUCCACUCUUAUGAAGCUUAAACUUGGUUCUCAACGCAGUUUGAACUCACCCUCGAAUGAGGCAGGGGAAAUAGAUACCGAGGAAUCCGAGUCGAUGCAGAUGGAGGCAAAUUGUCCUUCUUCAACUAAGUCUUCACAGGAAGGUCUAGAGUUUGUAAGCUCUCCCAAUGAGGAAGAGGUAAUGGCAGUAGAUACAGAUUGUUAUUCACCGAGAACCAAACCAUGUUAUACGGGUUGUCAUUCAAUGGGGAGCUCAAAACAGCAUCACAAAAGGACUAUUUCGGUUCUUUACUUGUUUUCUAAAUUUAGGAAUGCUCAAAAUGCUAAUAGUUCAUCAUCAGUGGAUUCAAUUGAAAUAGAGAAAGACUACCUUGUUAGUGUUUCUCCAAGUUUUGGCAGUUGCUCAUCUCAUAGCACAGAACAACAAUUUGAAAGGGAAUUUGUCAGUUCUUUAUCUGUUGGCAAUAUGUGAGCUCAGAAAUGACCUGAAGAUGUAUGAGUGUGGAAGAUUUUCCAUCUGGUCUUUAAUGGUUAUUCGGAGAAGAUAAAUAUAGGAUUUGAUCAUUCAUGACUGGUGGGAUUUCAAUUGUCUGCUGUAAUUUUACACCCUAAAAAGGGGAAUGCUUAAUAAUUCCCGGUUUUAUGUUUUGUUUUUCAUGUUUA